AUGCUGGCGUCUGAGGUGCCUCGAGUUGCGCAACGGCUCGACGUCCAGGCCGACCUCACCCGCAGGGGCACCAGAGGACCAUCAUCGACCACGGCCUAUGCCUACCGCACCCAGAUCGAAGCCUCAACACUCACGCAGUCCUUCUCCCACUUCCACCAAGCCACGCCCAUGUCGUUCGCUGGACUGAACUUCACCGCCCGCCACGGUACGGUCAAGUGGACCCUCAAUUUCACCGCCGCUGCGGUCGACACCACCAAUCACAGCCUCACCUCCAACGCGCAACGCAACGGCUUCACGAUUCGCUAUCGAGUGGCGGACCUCUCCACGCUCCGAUCUCCGACGGCCGAGCAGUGGAUCUUCAGGCGGGACGACACGCCGCAAGCUGGCAUAACGACCUUCUACGUCGCGCUCCCCAAGACGUCCGGAGGCUCAGUCGAUGAUGCCGCGGCUCAGCUGGAGGUGCUUGGCUUGGCACUGGUCGAUGACGCGGUUGUACCGCUGACUCACAUGUCACUCGCAGUCGCCACCGAGUCUGCGGAAGUCGCAGGGGCGAACAAUGGGAGCUACGUGCUCGAGCUGGGCUUCCCGCCCUUCACCCGAUUCGUUGUCUACGACCCCAGCCUGGGCCUGGGCGUGCUGAUCGGUCGGCCGGGCGAAGGUGGCUCCUCGUCGUCGUCCGAUCUAGGCCUUAUCCUGGGUGUGGCGGUGGGGUGCCUCUGGCGGUGCUGUUCGUGCUGGCGGUCAUCGUGGCGAGUCUAG